AUGGCAACUUCAAAAGACUUGGAUAGCCUUUCGAGGCAGACAACAAGACCAACACGGGCCAGGGACGAUGAUGAUUGCUGGUCUGUCUGCUCAGCUGACAACGUAUACCCGUCCGUCGACCAUCUCUCCGAUUUGGUAUCUAGGAGCGAGUCCAUUCUGGCGAGCCUCAACAAGAAAGACAUUAACCUCCCGCCAACCAAUUCAACCGAUAACGAUCUCGAUUACGAGAGCGACUAUGGGCCCCCCGGUGGCUCCAUUGGGAGGAUGCCCAGCAGGAGAUUUGGUAGUCGCAGAAGCAAGAGGGUUAGGAACGUCUCAGAUGUUCCUUUGCCCGAGAUCAAACCGCUUUCCAUCCGCCACCCAGAGUUCAGAAUCAGCAGCGCCAGCUCGGCCCCCAGCAGGCAAGCGUCUGUGAGCACCGGUCCAUCUGUCAGAAAUCAGUCACUGUCCCCCUCAACUGAGCAAACCGAGACGUUCGAAGAGGCUCUUGCCCACAUGUCUGAAACUCCUAUCAGGACCCCACCAUCAAGAUCGUCAAGCAAGACAACUAAAAAUACCAUUGCCAGCAACCUCUUUCGGAGCAGCAGCGAUUACUAUUCAUCCAGUUCUACUGUGAAUGACGGCCAAAACACUCGCAGCGUCAGCACCCGGAGUCGUUCCUCGUCAAUGGCCAAGAGCCCUGGGCGGCUGGGCCGUUCAAAUUCUUCAAGCCUUCGCCGUCUGGACGAAAAGUCUCUUGACAUAGGUGGCGACGCUGAUAUGGUCGAUAUUCCCAUCGUUGAUGACGAUGGCAAACGCGAGACGCUUGCUAUCACCCGCGGACUGGCUGCGAACUCCAUCGACCCCGAAAAUCCUCUCCCUCCCUAUAAUGCGUUCUCGCUCUACGGCUCUGCUGGACAGCCAGGCGCAAGCCAGAAGGGGGAGUCGGCAGGCGGCAUGGAAAAGGAAGGGAGCGUGUUAUAUACCAUACGUCUCGUGGUAGUCAUCAUGGCCCUUGUCCUAGCCGUUUUGGUCGUUGGCCUGAACAUCAACAUAAUCACGCCCACAACCCCUCGCCAAUCCAAGAAUGCAGCGGACUCGCUGAAGGGCACCACCUGGUACGUCUCAGCUUAUCUAUGGGGCCUCUGUGCGUUUCAGCUUCUGUUUGGGCGACUAUACAUUGAAUACACGCCGCACUGGGUUUUCGCUGCUGCUCUCCUAAUCUUUGAGGUCGGCUCACUUCUCGCUGCAGUCGCUCCGUUCGAGGCCAUCCUCAUCAUGGGGCGCACGGUCCAGGGCGUUGGUGCCGCCGGCGUUCUCUCUGGUGCGCUAUUUCUCGGCUCCCUCGUUGCGCCGCUCACCAUGAGGUCAAUGAUCGUGGGCAUGCUAGGUGGAACGGCUGCAGUGGCCAUGAUUAGCGCCCCUAUGCUUGGCAGUGCGUUUGCGGCACAUUUGAACUGGAGAUGGUGUUUCUACACCAGCAUUCCUAUAUGCACCGUCAUCAUUGUGAUCAUUCUUUACUGCCUGCACGAGGUGGGCAAGCCGAGAUCAUCCCCACGUGCGUCCGGUGUCAUCACAAAGGACAUGAACCUGCGACAGAGGUUCCUUGCCUUCUCCCGCAAGCUCGACCUUUUGGGUGUACUGAUUCUGCUGCCGCUCGCUAUCAGUCUGCUGCUCGCACUCCAGCUUGCUGGGCGCAAAUAUGAAUGGAACUCAUGGCUUAUCAUCAUCCUGUUCCUCGUCACCAUCGUCUUUAUCCUUGCGUUUGUAUACUCUCAGCACAAAGCUGCAGACGACGCCCUGCUCCCCCUUCGGUUUUUCAAAAAACGGACUGUCAUUUCGAGUUUCUGGUUUAUGCUUUGCAUUAGCGCUGCCACGCUAGUCGUGACAAAGUUUAUCCCCCUCUGGUUUCAACUGAUUCUUAGUUACCCAAGCGCUGUUGCGGCUACCUGUUUAUGGCCCAUGCUUGUCGGAACCAUUCUGGGGGCCCUUGGCUCCAUUGUCUUCGUCUACUGUUUCGGGCACUACGCGCCAUUGCUAAUCUUUGGAACCCUGCUCAUGUCGGUAGGGGCCGGUUUACUAACAACAUGGAACGGGGCGACUGCGGGCUCUAUCCUCCUUACCGUGGUUCCAGCCGCCGUCGGCCUCGGGUUCGGUACAGCCUUCCAGCAGCCUUUUGUCGCCGUCCAGGCAUCGCUUGCCGACAGCGACGACCUGUCACUCGGGUUUUCCAUAGUCGCUUUCGCUCAGGCGCUUGGCUCCUCCAUCAUGAUCCUCAUCGCCGAGAAUCUCUUUGCGAACAGCCUGGCAGAUACAAUCCUCGACAAGACUGGUGUUUCCGUCACACCUAACCAGGCUCUCAAGUUUGACCUCAUCAAGACAACCGUGCAGAAAGCUAACGGGGCCACAGCUAACCUCACUGACGCUUAUAACAAAUCAUUUACGCAGGCCUUUGUUCUCUCGGUUGUUAUGGCGGUGUUGUCCGUCGUCGGCGCCCUUGCAGUUCGCUGGCGUAAUGUCAAGGAGGCAGAGCGCAGGGCGGCGGUUCAGGCAAAACUGACCAUGAGCGAGAAGCAGCAGAAAUACCAAUACCGAUCUAACAACCCCAACUCAUACUCUCCCCGUGACAACCAAGCCUCGAUGGCAUAUAACAUCAUUGACAGCAGCAAGCAGGGUAGCCCUGGUGCUCAACUACCACAACAGCACUUUUGUUAUGAGCUCGACGCCAGCAGACCGCAGCCAUAUGACCAAUCUGGGGCCAAGAAAGAGUCUCCAUACAGCCAGAGCAGUCAGCAAUUUAGCGUCGGUACAGUUGCAAUCAACCACAGCAGCAGCAACAGCAACAGCAUGCAAGACGGUCCCAGUGUCCAGGAAGCUACCGCCGGCUCGGAGCCUUACCAAUCGUCACCGUACGAGAUGCAGCGUACGCAAGGCUUGGGCCUCAGCGGCGGUGGCUUCUACAACGGCGUUGAGCGUCAAGCCUCCACGUCGUCCACUGGAACGAGCCAUCGGCAGUUCAGGGGCAUCUACUGA